UAUAUAUAGAUGAAACCAAGAGGGUUUCUGCUACUAGCUACAACAACCAAACCACACCGAACCAGACAUAAACAAAAACCAACACGAAAACAAAAAGAAGAAUGGCCUUUUCUGAUGUUUAUUCUCCUCCUACACCUCCACCUCUCACGAAGUACGAUGUUUUUAUCAGCUUCAACGGUAAAGACACUCGUAACGGCUUCACCAGCCACCUUCAUUCCGCUCUGUGCAGAAACCAGAUCGAAACAUUCAUAGAUUAUAGAAUUGAGAAAGGUGGUGAGAUCUGGGAAGAACUGGUGCAAGCCAUAAGAGACUCGUCGGUGUAUCUGGUCAUCUUCUCAGAGCACUAUGCGUCUUCAAAGUGGUGCUUGCGGGAGCUUGCUGAGAUAAUAGAACUCACAAACAUGGUGGAAAAGGGACACCACCAUAUUAUUCCUGUGUUCUACAGGAUUGAACCCACGCAUGUUCGGAAGCAGACGGGAAGCUACUACAGUGUGUUCGCAGAUUAUGACAGAAAUUUGGAUUAUCGCCUUGUGCGGCAGUGGAGGAAGGCACUCUUCCAUGCAGCCAAUAUCUCCGGCUUCGAAUAUAAUCAUCACCAUAGCAGGACUGAAUCUGACCUCAUUGAAGGCAUAGUCCAAAUGAUUAUUCGGAAAUUGGAUCAGAAAUACACAAAUGAACUCAGGAGCCCUUUUAUACAUGAUCAAAAUUAUGCUUGCAUUGAAUCUGUAUUGAUCAACUCACAGGAGGUUCGAACCAUUGGAAUUUGGGGCAUGGGCGGCAUAGGAAAAACAACUAUUGCAGCUGCUAUUUUUCAAGAGUUCUCUCCCAAAUAUGAGGGUAGUUGUUUCUUGGCCAAUGUAAGAGAAGAAUCUUCAAGGCAUGGCCUCAACUACAUUUUCAAUAGACUUCUUUCUGAGUUGCUGCACGAACAUGUUCAUAUUACCACUCCAAAGAUUGUGUCUGCUGCUAUACUCCGCAGAUUGAGGCGUAAGAAAGUUUUCAUUGUGCUAGAUGAUGUGAAUACUUCUGAGCUUCUAGAAAAUUUGCUUGGAGUGGGACAAGAUUAUCUUGGAGUUGGUAGCAAAGUUAUUGUUACCACCAGAGAUAAGCAUGUUCUUCUGAGUAGAUCGGUUGAUCAUAUCCAUCAAGUCACAGAAAUGAAUGAUGAGAACUCUCUCAAACUGUUCAGCUUGAAUGCCUUCAACAGAACCCAUCCUCCUGAAAAUGAAUACUGGGAGCUAUCAAAAAGGGCACUUGCUUAUGCCAGAGGAAAUCCUUUAGCUUUGAAAGUUUUGGGGUCAUUUCUUCAUUCCAAAACUGAAAAGGAAUGGGACAAUGCAUUGACAAAACUAAAGAGGAUUCCUAAUGCAGAUAUUCAGAAGGUGUUGAGGUUGAGUUUCAAUGAAUUAGAUGAUACAGAGAAGGAUAUAUUUCUAGAUAUUGCAUGUUUUUUUAAAGGAGAAGAGAAAGAAAAAGUGAUAAGAAUAUUGAAUGAGUGUGGCUUCUUUGCAGAUAUUGGAAUAAGAAACCUUUUAGACAAGGCUCUUAUAUCAAUAGCUACCAAUAAAAACAUACAAAUGCAUGACUUGAUACAGGAAAUGGGUCACAAAAUUGUGUGCGAAGAAUCUCUCAAGAACCCUGGAAAGCGGAGCAGAGUGUGGCAACCAGAUGAAGUUUGCGACAUAUUAAAAAAUGAUAAAGUAAGUAAAUGA